UUUGAAUGUGUCUGUUACAGAAGGGGAGGAAGAGGCCGUCUUAUUUUGCUCGUUUUUAUAGGUUAUCUUCACCAUGAGUAGAAGAAGGGGAAGGAGCAGUAGCUCAGACGAAGGACUUGACAGCUUUCACAUAUCGGCAUUUGAGAGAGGAGACACAGGGCUGUUGGAUGACGAAGAUGGUCUCGAUGUGCUUCUGGGAUCUCGUUUAGAGGAGGAAUUAAACUGCAGUAUUGAAAAGAUGAGGGAAGAAGAGGCUGUCCCCAUUGCUAGAUUAAUUCGUCUGGAAGGAUCAUUAGGUAGCAGCAGUCAAGGAAGCAGUAACAACAGUCCACAUCCACUUGUGAUGGAAUCGGCAGCUGCGCAUCUCAGUGGCACGCUGGAAUUGCUAGAGGAUGUGGAAAUGCCUUCACUGAGUUUGUGUGAAAGCGCAGAGCUUAGUGUCUCUCGUGUCUAUAUCACCAAAUAGCCCCAUAAAGUUGGGUUUUAGCUUUAAGGAUGAUGGCCCUGCAAAUGGCACUUUUGUGGCCAAUGAGCAGAGGGGGAAUGUGUAUUCUGUAUCGUCUUCAAAUUACAGAAAGCCACCGCCUACAGAAGAAUUUGAUAUAGCAGACAAAAUUGCCAUGUUGAGUGCUAUGCCUUCAACAUCUCCAUCAGUCAAUACACUCAUAACAUUGGAUGACAAGGAGAUCUCACAAAAUGCAGCACGCAGAAUGACCCUAGACCAAACCAAGUCAUUCUCGGGGGCAUUCCUGGCUGAGGCUUGUGGCAUUGUCGAAGAGCUGGAUGGAUUAGCGGCCAACAUGACCUCUUCGCCCCUUGUCUCUCCUGAACGUCGGGUAUCCCCAGACAGGAGAAUGACUCUGGGACCCGAUAUGGAUCUCUUAGAUGUGGAAAACAUGAAUGACAGUCUCCUCUCAUCUCUAGCAAUUGCAAAUUCGCCAGUGAAGAAACCAGCUGUGUCUACUGUUCCUUCACCAUUGCCAGGUCCUGAAGUGAAGGUUAAGGCUCUAACAGUUCCAGCGAAAGCAGUCGAUUGUACAUAUGAUCGCCUUGCCCAGCUGCUGAAUGAGACCCAGGAUAUUGUUAGUGGUCCUGCUGCUGCUGCCCUAGGAAGAGCAGGUGAUGUAAAACCUGGGGCAGUCAACUCUACUUUCCUGCAGAGUAACAACCAGAAACUUCUGAACUCUACUUUUGAUAGAGAGCAGCCUCCUGCUGAGGAGAAGCUGGCCAAUAAUCCCAAUGCAAAUGCAACCUUUGAUCAGAAGCAUAUGAUUGCUGCAACCAACCAAACAUUUGACAGGUUGGAGCACCAAAUGGCAGCAAAUACUACAUUUGAAAUGCCAGACAACCUCAUAAACACAACCUUUGACAGGAAGGAAAACCAGCAGGCAAAUACCACCUUUGACUUCCAGGCUGAAGCAAAGAAUGAAUAUUAG